AGACGCGUCCCCCGGCGGCGGGACCGUCCGUGUGUCCGUCCGAUCCGUCCGUGUGUCUGUCCGUAGGCUCACCGGCUCCUUCUGUCCCGCCCGUCCGCUGCUUGGGGCGCUCCACUGGAACGUUUUGUUGGUCUGUGAGAGAUAAACGCUCCCGCCAUGGCCACGGUCACCUCCUGGAGGGGACACACCGAGGUGGUCACCGCCCGAAGGACAGAGCCGCACGAUGUCCCGGACAUUGUCGCCCUCUUCAGCGCGGACAGAGAGGACCUCUUCGGGAGGAUCGAUGUCCCUUACCUUCUAGAAUUAUCAAAUCUUGCUUUGACACUCUGCAAUGAGAAGAACGAGGUUUUAGCCCAUGCUGCCUUUCUGGACUAUCCAAAUUGGAAUAUCACUGAUCAGGCUGAAUGGGAACCAUUCCUGCACAAAAACUACCCUGACAAUAAGUGCACUCCUCUGAACACGCUCUUCGUGCAUCUCUUGGUGGCAAAGGAGGAAUAUGCAGCUGGAUGCUCCCAAGAAAUCGUGAGGAGUGCUUUCAUCUUACUACCAGAACUGCAGUUUAUACUUCUCUUUUUACCAUCUGAGGAGAAGUUAGGUUUUAGUCACUCAGAGCUGGACAUGGGGCAUGUCUUUGAAAGGAUGCUGCCUGCUCCAGGCUCACCCAUGGAGAAAGGUUUCACCUUGCUGGUGUGUCCCAGGCAUCAUUUUCACCCCCGGCUGUUCGUGCGCCAAGCGAGGAUGGAAGAUUAUGAUGAUCUCGUGCUAAUCUGGACACCUCAGAGUGAGGCUCUGAAGGAAACCUAUGGUGAAUAUGUCCUUGAUGAUCUCAUAGAACGUGAAGGUGAAGAAAAUCAGGCAGCUGUUUGUGAGGUUGGUGGCACUGCAGUAGGAUUCAUGAGCUUAUGUUCUCACGUGAACAUUUCCUUGUAUCAAGAGUGGUUUGACUUAGGGCCUUUCCAUGGGCUCUGUAAACCACAUCCUGAGGAUAUUCUCAAAGUGCCACGGAAGCCGAGCGUUCCAGGAGACAACGAUGAAAGCAACCAAGCAAGUGAACAGCCAGAGCCUGUUUCUUCUCAAGACUUGGAGCAGGUUCCUGGUGCAGCUGCAGCUGUGCAGGAAGAGGAAGCCCUGGCUGUUUCCCAGCCUGACCUGCCCGUAGGUGAUGCUGCCAGCACAGGCUCUCAAGGCUCAGCAGCACCUCUCCUGCAGGCUGAGGAGGGGGAUUGGCAGCCCGUGUACAGAGGAGCUUCCAAUGUUUUCCUUAUCCGUGUGUUUUGUAUUGAUGAGAAGUAUGAGACCAGGUCACUGGAUUUUUUGCAGUAUGCUUUCAGCGUUUUCCCAGACAGAGAGCUGUGUGCGAUGCUGGUGCCGCCCCACGUCCCGGAGCUGCCCCUGCUGCAGAGCUUUGUCCGGGCCGUCCCUUCCUGCACUUCCCCGCUGGGUCAGGAGCUGUUCGUGUUCCACCGCGCCGGAUUGCUCACGUCAUUUAAUGUAAGAAAAGCAGUGACCAGUGACCUAGAGGGUAUAAAAACACUAGUCGAUACUCUUAGCUUGAAUGACAGGAUAUUGGAUGACUCGAAGAUAUUCACUGAGGCUCGCAGGGAGCCAGACGGGAUGCCAGUACAGGCUUUUGUAGCAGAAGUUUUGGAUCAAAUCGUUGGUGUUGCUGUCACUAGGGAUGAAAUGGAUAUCGAGUACAUUCGAGCCCAUUACAACAUUGAGGACUUCAUUGGUUUUGAUCACCACCAGCCAGAGGAGCAUGGACACCUUUGCCACUUUGUCCUGAACCCUGUGGUUCAUCACUACACAAAAUACUUCCUGAAGGAGAUUCUUCGCUUGGGUCACAAAUCUUCUCUUUACUACCCUGUUUAUCCAGAGUAUGUGGAGGGCAAGCUCCAGCGGCCCUGUGCCCAUUCCCUGACAUCUGCCCUUCAUUACAUGGCUCCCGUGCGGCCGAGACGACAGAUUGUGUAUCCUCUGCGCGAGCUCGGCGCGAACGCUCCGUCGGAGCAGCUCUCCGCGGAUCAGCCAAAAUAUUCUUUGAACCACACAAAUCGAAGGCUGGUGCUGGAAUCCAAAGUAUGCAUCAACACUAGGAUUGUGGUGGUUGGUGCAUCUGAUGUGGGAAUCUCUUUUCUGGAAACACUGAUUUUCUGGCCACGUCUGAAAUUCAACAACCUGACCUUGAUUUCCACUCAUGGACUUCCAGGAAGAGACCCACAGAGCUCCAAGUAUAGAAGAUUUUUAAUUAACAGCCACUGUUUUAAUGAUGAAGAUUAUGCACAGAUGUCACUUUGUUCCUGGGUUAACGUUGUGGUUGGGAAGAUGACGGGCAUAAACCGCCGUGCCAAGUACGUGGUUGUUUCCAAGGAGAAGGAGGUGCCCUACGACUACCUGGUUCUGUGCACAGGAGAGAGCUACCAGGCCUUGGCUCCUGCAGGAGCAGGGGUGAGUGAAGUCCCGAGCCACUGGCCGCAGAGAUACUCGGGGACAGUCCCUUGCAAUCACUUCACUCUCAAUGACGCCCAGGACUGCUUGGAGGCAGCACGCUGGCUGGAGGAGAACCUUGGCAGCUCCACAGGGAACGUCAUUGUCUAUGGGAACACGGCUGACAUGUACACCACGGUGGAAGCCCUCCUGUCCCUGGGGGUGGAUGGUUCCCGCAUCCACCUGGUGCAGGCUCCUCUCGGCUCCGAGGCUCGCUGCCUGCAGCAGCUGCAGGAUGCGGCGGUGCAGCGCAGGGUGCAGGAGGCGCUGGCCGAGGCGGGCGUGGCCGUGCACCCCGAGUGUGUCCUGGCGCAGUGGGAGCAGGACGAGCGCGGCCGCAUCACCGGGGCGGCGUUCGGCAGCGCCGCGGAGCCGCUCCAGCUGCAGUGCUCCGCAUUUUUUAGUUUUGCCUACAAGACACUGGAUUACGAAGCCUCUAAGGCCAUCAGUGAUGCUUACCUUGUUCUUGAUGGGAGACUUGUGAUUGAUGCCAAAUUCCACACCAAUGACCCCAGCAUCAGGGCUGCAGGUCCUCUGACCAAGUUCUCCAGGAGAUACUGGAGGGAUGAUGUGACACACAGCAACUUCAACUCCAAGGAGAUUGGCUCUGAGCUCGCUGCUUCCAUGCUGAGUCUCUUCGAUCCAAGCCCUCAGCCCAGCUCCCAGCCCCCUGAGGGCUCAGACAGACUCAUCCCUGUAUACACAAGGUGUAAAGUUCAAGGUGGUGUUCUUCCUGGAGGUUAUAACUACUUGCACAUUUCCAAGCCUGGAGUCCCCACAUCCUUGGAUGUAGCGCAUGACCCGUGUGAACAUGGCAUGGAGUUUGUGACCGGGGAGGCUGCUCAAGGGAAUUACUUCAGGAUGCACUUGAGCAGGUACAGCCUGAUGGACAGCAUCACCUGCCUGUGCAGGGAGCCCCUCCCUGUGUCCAACUACGUGUGCCUGUUCGGGCAGCACGAGCGGCUGCUCAAUGACCUGUGCCACCGCUGGAGCGCCGGGCAGAUCACCGACCUCUACAGCUACUUCAGGGAGCCUUGGUCCAUGGCCAUCUAUCACGAUUGGUUUAUCGAUCUGCAGAAGGAACUGCGCCAAAUCCUGAUGUCAGAACAGCUGUGUCCGCAGGUGCCCGAGCAGCGCCCCGAGCACAGUGCCAGCCCGCCGUCGCUCCGGGAGCCCGUGCUGCGCUACCUGCGCCGCCACCGCGCCCAGCUGCCCAUGUACGCCCCGACCGACCCCUACAGACGGCCGGCUGCAGGUAAGGCGGGCGGAACGGGCGCCCUGGCACGGAUGGGGGGUCAGUGUGUGAAACUUGGUAGUGACGGCGGCUCAGUGUGAAACCCAGCAGUGAUGGGAGACUCUUGGUGUGAAAUCUAGCAGUGAUGGGGUCUCAGUGCGCAGCCUUGCAGUGAUGGGAGGCUCUCGGUGUGAAACCUGGCAGUGAGGUGGUCUCGGUAUAAAGCUCGUUUGGGGAUAGGGCUCUGGAUGUGCAGCCCCGGCAGUGAUUUGGGGUGUCGGUGUGCAGCCCUGGCAGUGAGUUGGGGUGUCGGUGUGUACUCCCGGCAGUGAUUUGGGGUGUCGGUGUGCAGCCCCAGCAGUGAUUUGGGGUGUCGGUGAGCACUCCCGGCAGUGAUUUGUGGUGUCGGUGUGCACUCCCGGCAGUGAUUUGGGGUGUCGGUGUGCAGCCCCAGCAGUGAUUUGGGGUGUCGGUGUGCAGCCCCAGCAGUGAUUUGGGGUCUCGGUGCGCAGCCCCGGC